AUGGAAAGGGCCAAUGACACUUCCCUGAUGGGUUUCAUCCUUCUAGGCUUCUCAGACCAUCCUCACCUGGAGGCUGCACUCUUUGUAUUUGUCCUUUUUUUCUACCUCCUGACGCUUGUGGGGAACUUCACCAUCAUCAUUAUCUCAUACCUGGAUCCCCUUUUCCACACCCUUAUGUACUUUUUCCUCAGCAACCUCUCACUGCUGGACCUCUGCUUCACCACUAGCCUCGCACCUCAGACCCUAGUUAACCUGCGAGGUCCAGAGAAGACUAUCACUUAUGGUGGUUGUAUGGUACAACUCUAUAUAUCUCUAGCACUGGGCUCCACUGAGUGUAUCCUUCUGGCUGUAAUGGCUUUGGAUCGCUACAUUGCUGUCUGCAAGCCCCUUCACUAUGUGACUAUCAUGAACCCACGGCUAUGCCAACAGCUAGCAUCCAUCUCCUGGCUCAGUGGUUUGGCUAAUUCCCUGAUCCAUGCUACUUUUACCUUACAAUUGCCUCUUUGUGACAACCAUAGACUUGAUCAUUUUAUUUGUGAAAUACCAGCUCUUCUCAAAUUGGCUUGUGUGGACACCACUGUCAAUGAGUUGGUGCUUUUUGUGGUUAGUGUCCUGUUUCUUCUAAUCCCCCCAGCACUCAUUCUUAUCUCCUAUGGCUUUAUUAGUCAAGCUGUGCUGAAGAUAAAGUCAGUGGAAGCAAGGCACAAAGCCUUCAGCACUUGCUCCUCCCACCUUACAGUGGUAAUUAUUUUCUAUGGCACCAUAAUCUACAUGUACCUGCAACCAAGUAACAGCUAUACUCAGGACCAAGGCAAGUUUAUCUCCCUCUUCUAUACCAUGGUGACCCCAACCUUAAAUCCUAUUAUCUACACUUUAAGGAACAAGGACAUGAAAGUAGCUCUGAAAACACUUCUGUCAAAAAAAAAUGUGCUCCCUACAAACAUGAUGUUCAAGGAAGUGUUUCCAAGACAUGUAGUCAGUCACCCAGCUUCUAUUAGCCAAACCACAUUACCAUAUUUCCCAAUUUCAUGCCAGUUUAACUUACAUUUACUUAAUCUAACAAGGAAGAUUUUCCUCUCAUACGGGUAA